UCCAUAUUCUAGCAACUCAAAUGGCUUUAACGGGCGUGCAACAUGCAAACGAAGAAGAAAAUCUAACUUUCAACCUUCACAGAGAGAGGGGUUUGUCAUACUCCUAUCUCUAUCUAUUUCAAGAAUUUUGGUGCCCAGGUGCUGCUAUUCAAGGUCUUAUCAAUUUUCAAAAACACUUUCAAGCAAAAGACAGUGAUGUUAUUGUUGCUAGCUUUCCAAAAACAGGCACUACCUGGUUGAUAGCACUUUCUUUUGCCAUUGUCAACCGCCAACACUUCUCCAUAGAGAACCAUCCAUUGCUUACUUCCAAUCCUCAUAAACUUGUGCGUUCCCUUGAAUUUAAGAUCUUUUGUGAUGAUGUCCAUGACCCAAUUCUACACCUAUCAAAAAUGACUGAGCCAAGACAUUUUAGUACCCACACUCCACUCACUUCAUUACCCAUGUCAAUCAUUGAGUCUAGUUGUAGGAUAAUAUAUAUAUGUAGAAACCCAUUUGACACUUUUGUUUCAGCAUGGACUUACUUCAAUAAAAUAAGGCCUAGGUUUUUAGCACUAGAAGAAGCUUUUGAAAUGUAUUGUAAUGGGAUAAGUUCAUUUGGUCCAUGGUGGAGCCAUAUGUUAGGUUACUGGAAGGAGAGCAUUGCUAGACCAAACAAAGUUUUGUUCUUAAAGUAUGAGGAUCUUAAAGAAGAUGUCAAUUUUCAUGUGAAAAGCAUUGCAGAAUUUUUGGGUUGUCCUUUCACCAAGGAGGAAGAAAGUGAUGGAAUGAUUGAAAGCAUAAUGAAGCUAUGCAGCUUUGAGAAGAUGAAGGCUUUGGAAGUGAACAUGUAUGAAAAAUUAGACACAGUGAUCGAUAAUAAGUUCUUUUUUCGAAAGGCUGAAAUAGGAGAUUGGGUGAACUACUUUUCCCCUUCUAUGAUACAAAAGUUGUCCAAAAUCAUUGAAGAAAAAUUAAGUGGAUCAGGCCUAUCAUUUAAAAUGCAUUCUUAAAAUUACCAAGAUAAGUGGCUACACAAAAACCACGCAAAUGUAGUUGUAUUUUGUUACAAAAGUGUUAUUUGUGAUUUUUCCUUUUCCAAAAUAAAAGGUUAUCACUAGUUGUAAAGACAAGUGGCUACCUUUGUUGUUACCAUCCAAUGUCAGUUGUAUGGAAAAUGUGUAUUAAAGUUUUAAGUAAUUAAAGGUUUUUUUUUUUUUCU